AGCUACUCGAGUCAUACAACCUCUAAUAUUUUCUCAGCGUGUAUCGUGUAAAUGAUUAUCUAUCAUCAAUCGAUUAAUGGAAAGUAGAGAGGACCAAGUGAGGGUGAAGGAAGAAUCGAACAAUACUUGGCAAGAUGUAGGUGACGAUAAUAUUUUUCAUUCGGUUGACUUUGAUUUCGAAGUUAAAAACGUUGAAACAUUAACGUUUUUUCAAUCAUCGGGAAAUGUUAUAAACGAGGUUAUGUCGUUGCAGAAACAGUUAGAUGAUAAAAUAUUCAUUGAUUCAAAGUGCAGAGACGUUAAACCCGAACUGACUUCUCUAUCAACAAUCGUCUGUAAAACUGAGUAUCAAAGUAGUCCAUCGAUUGUGAAAAUAGAAAAUGAGAAUCAAAUAUAUGAUAUAAAUGAAAAAAUAUUUAUUGACUUUGAGUGCAAAAGUGUUGAGGUUCAACCGUCAUCUUCAUCAACAACCAUUUGCAAGUUUGAGCAUAAAAGCUCAGAACCUAUUCUAAAGAAAGAAGACCAAAAUCAAAUCAAUGACUUGAAUAAAAAUAUAGUUGAUUUAGGGUACAAAAAUAUUAAAAUUGAACCGACCACUUUAUCAACAACCAUUUGCAAGUCUGAGUAUAAAAGCUCAGAACCUAUUGUGAAGAAAGAAAACGAAAAUCAGACCAAUGACUUGAAUAAAAAUAUAGUCAUUGAUUUAGAGUGCAAAAAUGUUAAACUAGAACCAAAUUUUUUAUCAACAACUAUUUGCAAGUUUGAGUAUAAAAGCUCUGAACUGAUUGUGAAAAAAGAAGACGAAAUUCAGACCAAUGAAUUGAAUAAUAAUAUAGUCAUUGAAUUAGAGUGCAAAAACGUUAAACUAGAACCAAAUUCUUUAUCAACAGCCAUUUGCAAGUUUGAGCAUAAAAGAACUGAACCUAUCGUGAAAAAAGAAAACGAAAAUCAGACCAAUGACUUAAAUAAAAAUAUAGCCAUUGGUUUAGAGUGCAAAAAAGUUAAACUUGAGCCAACAUCUUUAUCGAAAACCGUUUGCAAGUCUAACGAUCAAAAUUUUGAACCAUUUGUGAAAAUAAAAGACGAAAAUCAGACCAAUGCCUUAAAUAAAAAUAUAGCCAUUGGUUUAAAGUGCAAAAAAGUUAAACUUGAACCAACUUUUUUAUCGACAACCGUUUGCAAGUCGAACUGUAAAAAUUUUGAACCGAUUGUGAAAAUAGAAAAGGAAAAUAAAACCAAUAACAUAAAAGAUAAUAUCUUCAUUGUUUUUGAGUGCAAGGAUAUUAAAACUGCAUCUGAAAUGAAGUCUUUAUCGACAAACAUUUGCAAUUCAGAGUAUAAAAGCUCUGAACCUAAUAAGAAAAAAGAAAAGGAAAAUUCAAUUAAUUACAUGGACGAAAAAAGUCUAAUAAUUUUGAUUAAAAAGGGAUAUAAUUACAAUAAUCAUUGUCAAUUUGAAGUAAACGGAAGUUUGAAACUAUCCGAAUAUGAGAAGUUAAAUGUGUUUGCAAAAAUUGUUGAACAAAAAUCAUCAUUGCAAUCACAAAUAUGUCGAAAAUUAUAUACAGCAAAAGUUAGUCUAAAAAAUCAUAUCAAUGCGAUAGAUAAAAGCAUUAGUUCGUAUGAGUCUGAAGCAUGCAAUGAAUCAUAUUUCUGUAAAAAACUCCAAAUUCAUUCAAAAGAGAUGCAUGAUAGCGGCAAGCUCUUCAAAUGUGACAUUUGUCAUAAAACAUUUGGAAAAAAAUUUAAUCUUUAUAUUCACAUAAAUUCAGUACACAAUCGAAGCAAAUUUUUUGAAUGUGACAGAUGUAACAAAUCAUUUAAAGCAAAAAAUGGCCUAAAAUAUCACCUGAUUGUAGUACAUGAUCGCAACAAACUCUUCGAGUGUGAAAUUUGUCACAAAUCAUUUUCAACCAAUGGUUACCUUAAAACACAUCUGAAUGUAAUACAUAAUCAGAGCAAACCCUUUGAAUGUGAUAUUUGCCAUAAAGCAUUUGGACAAAGAUGUAACCUCAAUACUCACGUUAAUGCAGUACACGAUCGUAUCAAACUCCACGAAUGUGAGAUUUGUCACAAGCCAUUUUCAAACAGGCGUGACAUGAAAAGACACAUAGAUUCAGUUCACAGGCUUAUAAAAUCCUCCGAGUGUGCGAUUUGCCACAAAGCAUUUGGACACCAGGCAACUUUAAAACAUCACAUUAAGGCAGUACAUAUUCUUAACAAAGCCUUCGAGUGUGAUAUUUGUCAUAAAUCAUGUGUUCGCAAGGGUGAUCUCAGAAGACACAUAAGAACGGUACACGAUCGUAUCAAACCUUUUGAAUGUAAUAUUUGUCACAGAUUAUUUGCAAGUAUGAGUCAUCUUAACAGGCACACAGAUUCAGUUCAUGGUCGGAAAAAACCAUUCGAAUGUGAAACUUGUCACAGGUCAUUUGGUCAAAUAUAUCAUCUCAAAACUCACAUGAAUGCAGUGCAUUAUGGUAAAAAACCCUUUGGUUGCGAAAUUUGUCAAAAAUCAUUUUCAUUCAAGUCUCGCCUCAAAGCUCACGUUCUGAAAGUACAUUUUGGAGUACACUCCAAGAUCGUGAGAUAAGUCUGAAGAAAUUUCGACGCCAUGAAAACAUGCACAUUGUACAAUCAAAUGAGUUUUGUACGUAAUUGUAAAAAAUCUUUUUUGUAAUUAAUACUUUUUUAAUUUAAUGAAGAGCAAUAAAAUAUUUUA